AGCUCUUUUCUGAGAUACGGCGUUACCAUGGCAUACGUGUAUGGUUUUUCAGGUGUAUCAUGCUGCAUUAUCUCCUAUGAGUCAACAGUGUGUCUGUGGACUGAUAAAGUGUGGCGAUGGCAGGCUGGGCAGUAUUGAUUUACAGAGCCAUUAGACUAAUGGUUGACCGAACAGCCCACCAACAGCAUGGCAGCAGCACCAGCGGGUGGCCCCCAACCAGCAGAACUCUUGAGAGACACGGGAAGGAACCUCAGCAGGAUUUCUGUUUGCACCGUUUCAACAAGGGUUUAGAGGAUCAUAUCUGAUGAGAUCGACAUCUCUCAGGGCCUAAAAGAGAACAAGCUUGUGUAUGCAUUCCACUGCCAGAAAGCCGUCACUCCCAGCUUGCUGCCAUCUAAAUGGCCUACGCCAUCAUUGCCAACGUGUCGGAGAAGUGGCUGGACGGCAUGGAGGGCGAGCGCAUGGAGCUCUUCCUCAUCCCCGCUGUGCUGUUGACCCUGGGCACGCUGCUGCUGGACCCCCUGCUGGUGACCUGCAUCCUGUGGUCGCCGGCGCUGCGGCAGGAGACCCGCUACCUGCUGCUGGCCAACACGCUGGCGGCCGACGUGGCCUUCGCCUGCGUCAACAUGGCCAUGUUGACAUGCGCGGUGCUGCGCGUGGCCUUGCUGCGCGUGGCCUGCGAGGUGGCGCUGUCCGCCACCGUCACGGCCUACUGCUGUGCCGUGCUGGGCGUCACCUCCAUGGUGGUGGACACGUACGUGGCCGUGCGCUGGCCACUGCACUACGACAGCCUCCUGACGCCGACGCGCGCCCGCAAGAUCUCGGCGGCCCUCUGGCUGCUGGCCGCCUUGUACCCGCUCUCGCUGGUCAUCAUCCUGGAGCUGCUGGAGGACAACGCGCCCCGUCAGCUGCCCCUCUGCCUGGUGCUCAUCACCGUGGGCGCGCUGGGCAAGGAGAUGAUGGUGGGCGUGCACAUGUACUUCACCAUCGGCGCCGCGCUCUGCUUCCUGCUCAUCGUCUACUGCUACGCGCGGCUCUUCGCCGUCACGCGCCACUCGGGCAUCUGGCACCAGCGUUACUCGCGCGCGCGCCUCACGAUGCUGGCGCACGGCACGCUGCUGCUGCUCUACUUCGUGCCGGGCCUGGUGUUCAUCGUGGAGCUGGCGCUGUUCGAGAGGCACCAGAUGGAGGGCCAGGCCAGCGUGUGGGUGAACAUGGUCAACAUGAGCGUGUUCAUGCUGCUGCCGCGGGCCUGCGCUCCGCUCCUCUACGGCCUGCGCUACCGCGAGAUCUACACCAUGCUCAAGCAGUUGCUGUUCAAGAGGCGCCAGCUUAGCCAGGCCCAUCCUGAUCCUGUAACGGUGAAAACAACACUUGUGUCCAUUUGCACUCUUCAUAGAUGUUUACUUAAGCAUGUGUCUCCCAGGAGACACCAAGAUGCAGCUCUGUUCAAUCAAUCCCUGCUGUCCUACUGUCACCUGAAAAUCUAAGCUUUAGUGUGUGUCUGCCCAGCCAACUGAAGCAGUCGUGUUUCCACCGGUCAGUCGCAAGCUGCAAGCACAGGAUGUGAGAAUGGGCGCUCCAGCUCCGAGCAGCGUAAUGUCCAUGUCUACAAUAGAGGA